AUGUCAAGCAAGAAAUUAAGCGGAGCUCAACAACGCAAAAGAAAACGAGAACAAGAGGCGGAUGCUAAAAUAGCUGGCUUAUUCAUGCAGCGUUUUUUGAAACUGGGACAAACAGAAGUUGACGACAAAGAAGAAUCUGAUAUUGAUAAUGUUGGACAAGAGGCAGUAAAUGAUCCACCAAGUUGCUACCAACUGGAUGACUCUCUGAUGACCUCUGCGAUACAAUUGCAGCCGUCAAAUUCAUCUACUCAAACUGCUGAAGCCACUAGUGAUAGUAAACAGCGUAUGCUCCUUGAUUCACAUGAUUUUGGUUACAUUGAUUUUGAUUCCAUUACGGGCUUAUCAAACGUAGCAAACAAUCUUCGUAUGGAGUUGAUUUCUCGUGGGCCAGAAGUAUUUCAGAACAAGAAUGCUAAUUUUGCAGUAAGUGCAGGCCGUUCAAUGACUUUAACAUGGUUUAAACGUAGUCUUCCCAAUGGAGAGGAAGUCAACAGAUCUUGGUUGCUUUAUUCCCCUUCUAAAAAGUCAGUGUACUGUUUCUGUUGUGUAUUAUUCACUUCAACAAGCAGUAACUCUAGAUCGUCAUUUGAGUUAUCUUUUGGAUUUUGUAAUUGGCGACACACAGAGAGACUGAGGGAUCACGAAAACAGUCCAAGUCAUCGAAUAUCUUUUACUAAAUGGAAGGAAUUGGAACAUCGGAUUUCACAAGGUAUGUUAAUUGAUAUGGAAGUUGAGAAACAAAUUCAAAAUGAAAAGCAGAAAUGGCGUGAAGUGCUGAAACGAAUUCUGGCUUGCAUAAAAUUUCUAGCUAGCCAAAAUUUGGCUUUACGUGGUCACUGUGAAAGUCUUGCUGAAGAUGAUACCGAAUGUUACAAUAUAGGAAAUUUCCUGGCCACAAUGAAGCUAAUUGCUCAGUUUGAUCCAUUAUUAUCAAGUCAUCUACAGCAUUCUAAAAAUGUUCCGGGUUCAGUUUCAUAUCUGUCACCAAGAAUUCAAAAUGAAUUUAUCAGUCUUCUUGCAUCUACUGUCAGAAAGCAGAUAUACUCUGUGAUAUUCGACGAAACAAAUAUUAUGGACUAA